AUGACACAACAUCCAGCUUCUGCAGACUGGGGACGAUGGCACGGCACGUACCAACAGAGUGCUGACUAUACACCAAUGGACGCCUCUGGACUUGUGCAUUACGGCUCAAGUAUUCCAGUUUCGGCUCCUCUUCAGCGGGCACCCCACGAACAGUAUCCUAUGGGGACGACGUACAGCAUGGCUCCUGUCCCAAGUUUGCCCCCCCAGAACACGUUCGGUGUGCACGCAUACGCACCAGCGUCGCCAAAUGGGAUGGUCAUGCCGCCAUAUCGGUCCUACACCGAGAGCCACUCACCUCUCAGCGACAGGAGUCAAGAAAUCUCCUACAAGCGCGAUCCGCAACCUGUUUACAGGGAAGAUUCAGGACACGCUCCUCCCACGAUGAAGUACGAGGUCCAGCAAUUAGCUCCUCAACGUUCAUUACCGCUAGAAACCAAGCCAAGCACAAUCCCUGACGUGGCAAGCCCAGCUGUUACCAAGCCUGAGCCAGUAAAGUACGAGAAUGACAGUCCUGUCGAUAUUAUGAUGAAGGCCAUCCAGCGCGGAGAAGACGAGGACGAGGACGAAGCGGAUAAUAACUCGGAAACGGGAAUGCACACGCCUUCGUCCAGUGGUGGAUCGAGGCCACCAAGCCCCAAACCCAAGUCUUGCAAAACAGUCCGAGGGAAGAAGGAGAAGAGAGUCAAAUGCCCCUGGCCAGGUUGCAAGCAGCGAUUUGCCCAAACAACGCACACAACCAUCCACAUGCGCACCCACACGGGCGAACGGCCUUUUGUUUGCAGAUGGGAAGGAUGUAAAGCUGCGUUUUCCCAAAUGGGCAAUUACAGGACCCAUUUCCGACGACACACACGAGAGCGACCGUACAAGUGUAACCUCUGCGACAAGGCCUUUGCUCAGAGAGGAAACCUCGGAGCCCACAAAGCGGUGCAUGACCCCAACAAGAGGUUUCACUGUCUGAUUGACGGCUGUGGGAAGCCUUUCAGCCAAAGAGGUAAUCUCAAGUCCCACCAAAACAAGUUCCACAAAGAAGCAGUGGAGGCCCUAGCCAAGAAGUUCGCAGAGGCGUCAGUCGAAGACCUGACCGAUCCCCAAGAACGAACCCUCUUCAACCACUUCAAGGACAUCUACCGAAACAUGAACAAGGGGAUAAAAGGUCGCGGCAAGGGCAGGACCAUCAACGGCAAGCGCGCGUCCAAGUCUCCUGCUCUCCAGGUUGACUGUAGUGCGUAUCCGGCCCAGCAGCGAACUCCCCCCUUGGAGCACACCGAGCCUCAGCACUUCUCGCAGAUGCAGCACUACCCGCAGCAUGGUCUGCCGCAGAUGCAGGCCUGGAACUAUUCCAUGCCUCGCGACAGCUCCUACAACAUGAUGAUUGACAGAGUUCCUCGCGGCUACGAGAUGUACGAGAUGGACCAGGAGAGCAUGUCGCGCGGCAGUGCCACCGGUACCCUGGGGACUCCUGCCACCAGUGUGUAUGACGAGGACCACAGCCGCGGCCUAGCUUUCCGCGAACGUUUGUACUAA